AUGGAUUACAUCAUUGACUUGUUCUCGUGGGACCGCUCUAUAUUGCAAAAAUUCAUUUUCGUUUUCCUUGUACAGUUCGAGUCUAUUGCAACUGCGUCGAUGUACCCUUAUACCUACUUUAUGAUCAAGCGUUUUGAUGUUGCAGACGACUUUGUAAACGUCUUUAUCUAUAGUGGAUAUUUGGGUGCUGCCUUUUCACUCAGCCAGUUCUUAAGUACACUGUUUUGGGUCAAGGUAUCUAAAAAGUUUGGCAAAAAGCAAACUCUCUUGUAUUCAUGUGCUGGCACAGCCGUCUCCUUGGUUCUCUAUGGUAUGAGCACAACUUUCUAUAAGGCUCUUUUCGCAAGACUGUUGAUGGGGUUCUUCAAUGGUUACAUAUUUGUUGCGAGAACAACCGCUGUUGGAGAAAUAGCCCAUAAUGGUUCAAAUAAAGAUUUUGCAUCUGUGUUCUCACUGAUCUGGAGAGGUGGGCAGGGACUUGGUUAUAUCUUUGGAAUGAUGAAGUCGUUUAAUUAUGUCAUAAAGAAGGGCCAGUUACUUCUAAAGUAUCCAUUUCUUACGUCCAACCUCGGAUUUGCCAGUAUUAUGGUACUGUUUGUCGUUAUUGGUUGGCUUGUCUUAGAAGAAACAGAUGUAAAGAAAAGGUAUGAGCGUGAUAUUGGUAUAGAAAUAGGAGAUGCUAUCAGGCGUCUACUAGGUUUCAAAGUACCAGACAGGCCCUGGAAGCUGAGAGAAAAGAUGGAGUUUUCAGAAUUGCAUAACUGCCCCGCCAAAAACGACAUUCUUGAUGAAGAAGACCUCUCCCAAAAAGAAACUGAAACAGAGGAAGAAUAUGACACCCUGUUACCCAUGGAAUUAAGGAAUUGUGCAACUGGCGUUUUUAUGAUUUCCUUCCAGAAUUGUAUCUACUUCGAAUUCUUACCUGUUUUGCUUGUCAGCGCACUUAUGGCAGGGGAACUAAAGUUUCCGGCUUAUAUUAGAUUUGCUAGCGGGGAUAAACAAAUUGAACUCCUUUUAACUUUGGCUGCGAAAGCAUGCUUACUUUUGUCGAUACUGCUUACUGUAAAGAACAAAGCAUUCAGAGCGGCUGAGAGUGUGCCAAAAUUUGACCUGCUCAUAUACCCUAUUAUUUACUUCUUAUUGCCCUUAUAUGUUUUCACACAGCAUCGGUCCGUCGAAGGAAUAGUCACCGUCGCGGCCCUAAUUCUUGGAGCGAGCAAUAUUAUAGUUUCAUUUGCCGACAAGUUUAGUUCUGACUCUAUUACAAUUUUAUUCACCAGAGUAUAUCCUAAUGCAUCAAAAGAAUUAAUUAACACUUAUGCAAUGACUGCGGCCACUUUGACUCUCUGCGCUGCUCAGAUCAUUGCAGGGUGGAUGAUUCUGAGGGACAAGGCUACGGACCAAUGCAUUUGUGGUUUUUCUCAAUUUUUUGUACAAUGA